AUGAGUGUUUCUGGUGAAGCCGAAGGAGAGUUUGAAAUAUUUUUUGACCAAGAUGUACCAAUAGAAAACAGACUCGAUGCUUCUCCUGAAGAAGUGGAAAAAGAUGAACCUGGAGAAGAAUUUACAAAUUUCUCAAUCGUUGUUUAUCUUAAACAAACGGAUGACGAAGUCGACGCAAUUAAGAUUCAAUUAUAUUCAAAGGAUGUUCUUAGCUUCUUAUAUGAAGGCGAAAUGUCAAAAGAAGAUUUCGAGACUUUCAAAUCCGAGCAAGAAUUAGAUAUCGACUUUAAUGACUUCCCAAAUAUAUUACGAGAGGUUCUUGGCCAGAUUAACGAAGAUAUCGAAGAAAAUGGAUAUAAUGCUCGCUUAAUUCCUGACGAAGAGAACUCAUGCCGCCUUAUUAUUAAGCAAGAUCUUGAAUUAUGCACAACAGAAAUAUUUAACAUCAAACUUACCGGUGCAGGUAACGAGAGAAUUAGAAAAGUUAGUCAAACUCGCUAUAAUGAACUAAGUAAACGGGACAAUGCUUUGAGAACACAAUACAAAGAUCUUAUCAAAAGAAUCAGACGCCCGGAUCCAAAAAUCUUACAAGAUUUCAAACUUAGCUCUGAAAUCGGAUAA